GUUGUGCUAGGCGUCCGAAAGGUGAAAAUGUUCCUCCCUGCAUCUGCGACGCCCUUCGAAUGACAACUCUAAACCUAUUUUGGGCAAGUGUCUUGGUGCGGGGAACAUUCUGCAUCGCCGCUAACACUAACACGGCAGGUAUGAAUCAUCCGCCUAUAUCCUUAUCCACUCUAACAAGGGUAUCAGAUCGUCACCAUAUAGAGGAAGGCACUGUUGAAACGCUUAGCACCUCUUGUUGGAUCAUUAACAGGCUCCAAACCGUCUCCAGAUUUUGUGUGGCUUCCACCGAUUGUCCCAAUCAGCCAGUCGCAUGCCUUGGCUGUCCUCGUACCCCAAGGCUGACUCUCGUGUUGACCCUUUUGUUUGACGUCGAUGGCCCUAGUGUGGACGUGCGCUGAACCAUCUCGUGGAGUCUUUGAUGUUUGAUCUAUCCAAUCUGACUAGGUGGUUUGAUCUCUUAACAGCUAUCCUAGACAAGCUCAUAAUCCCAUUUCUUGGAAGAGUAAGUUUGAUCCAUGUACGAGGAGAUCAGGUCUUGGCGGAAAGCGACAGUAAGG